AUGCCCGCUGAUUCUCAGUAUUCCCAUCAGCAGCAGCACCAGCCACCGUGGUCCCAGCAGUCCUCUCACCUGCUCCAUCCUAUUCACACCCAGCAGUCGGCUUUUCCUUCGCCGUCGUCGCCUACGACGUCCCUCAGCGACCAUCACUACCCGCCUUUCUACUCCCAGCAGCAGUCCCAUUCUGGCGAGGGUCUCGGCGAUCGUGUCGUCGACAGGUCACAUACGGCUCUAUCGCUUAACCUCUCCUCGCUCACGGUAGCAUCGCCCACCAGUUUGUCUCCCGUGGGCCCGCAUUCCUCGACCCAUGCCCACGUCUCGCCCAUUACGCCCAUUAGCCCCGCCGGUGCCAUCAUGCAUACGCACCAGCAGCUAUCUGCGCAGCACGCGCACCUCCAGCCCUUCCAGUUCUCGCCAGAUCAUGACAGUGCGUAUGACUACGGUGCGCCCCGCCGCCUGACCAGCAGCCGCUCUUCUUCGUCCUCGGACCGCUCCGUGCCCCGCAAACGCAGCUUCACCACCCCGCUCGCGACGAGCGUGGAGGAGCCGUACGAGCACGCGUCGUACGAGGAUGUCGACAUGGGUUAUGCGCUCGAUCCCGAGGGCAGCCCCGUGGACGGCAGCACCAGUGGCGGUGAGCAGGACGACCAGCUCAAGCCGCUCAGCUCUACGUCAGCGCCAGGAUCCACGAUGUCUCUCACGCUGCUCGGCAAGCCGCUCGGUACGAACAAUUUCGUCACCAAGCUGUACCAGAUGAUCAAUGACCCCAAGUCAGCACAGUUCAUUACGUGGACGGAGCUAGGUACUAGUUUUGUGGUGUCCAACGUGGGCGAGUUCAGCCGCUCGAUCCUGGGCUCGCACUUCAAACACAAUAAUUUCUCAAGUUUCGUGCGUCAACUCAAUAUGUAUGGCUUUCACAAAAUCAACCGCACGCCCCGGGCACAGCGCACGUCCACCGAUGUGCAGACGUGGGAGUUUUCGCACCAUAAGUUCCUGCGCGGGCGGCCAGAUUUACUGGAAGAGAUCAAACGCAAGGCCCUAGAGCCCGACCCGUCGCUCAAACAUCGCAUCGAACUUCCCGGUGAGGUAGCUGCUCAACUCUCACAGGUACGUGAGGACAAUCGUCGCCUGACGAUGGCCAUGCACGCCGAGCGCUCCAAGGUCGACCGCCUGGCUGCUGUCACAAAGGUGAUGUAUGAUACUCUGACAAAGGCGUUCCCCGGUGGCGUACCCAUCGCGUUCCCGAACGAUAUCCUCGAGACCGCCGACAGCCCGAACAUAUACAUUACUUCGCCGACGAACGCAAUACCGAGCUCCAACUCGUUCCCGGCGUCGCUUUCGAGUCUUCCGAAUCCCUCGUUACACUCGCUGCAUUCGCUCUCGCCAGGUUCAAGUCCCACCGCCUCCGAGUUCCCGUCUCACACUCACACACCUCACACGCUUUCGCGACAGCACUCUUUUCAGCACAUUCCUUACGACGCGAUGCACACGCACCCCGGGUUGACGCACGUAUCUUCUGCGCGGUACGAGGCCGCCCUGUCCACCCCACUUCCGCCAUCCCCCGGUGGACCAGGAGAUGCGUUUGAUGAGCGAGUAGGCGCGAAGCGGCAACGCACCGGGCCGCCGCCUGCCGGUGGCAUAAGCGCCGGUGGCGAGAAGAAGGGUUCACGCGCACGGAGCGACUCUGCCCCGCUCGGGUACGGCUUCGGGUCCGGCUGGACGCAGACGCGCCCACGGAGCGGAAGCGGGCUUGGAUCAAGGAUGCGCAGGGACGAAGGCCCCAUUCCUAACCUUACGGGGAUGCGCGGGCACGCUCUGCCCAUCCUCUCGAUACCCUCUCCUGGGAAGCAGUCGCCCGGAUCGUAG